AUGGCACAGCUCGACGAGAAGAUGACGGAGCGAGAGACGUCAAACCACAUUGAGCGUAAGGGGUCUGAUGUGCCAGACAUCACCACGAAAGAAGACAAUUGCGGUCUUUCAGACGAAGAAUGGGAAGCAGCAGAGAAGAGACUUGUGCGGAAGCUCGAUCUCACUCUUGUCCCUAUCCUAUGGGUGUUUUAUCUAUUCAACUACCUUGACCGUAACAAUAUUGCACAGGCUAGGCUGAGCACGUUUGAGAAGGACCUUGGGCUCGUUGGUAGCCAAUUUAAUGUCGCGGUUUCCAUUCUCAACGUUGGUUAUAUGCUCAUGCAAUUGCCAAGUAACAUGUUGAUAACUCGAACAAGACCCUCCAUUUAUCUCCCGGCCUGCGUAGCUCUAUGGUCCGUCAUAUCCGCUUCUAGUGCCGCUGCUAGGAAUUAUCAAGAUCUCAUUGCAAUUCGUUUCUUCUUGGGUAUCGCCGAGGCUCCCUUCUUCCCGGGCGCCAUGUACAUGCUCAGCUGCUGGUACCCACGAAAGGAGUUGGCUCUGAGGACAGCAUUUCUAUACUCGGGCGUGCUUCUGGCAACGGCCUUCUCAGGUCUCAUUGCCGCAGGGGUCUUGUCCAACCUGGAAGGAGCACAUGGUAUUUCCGGCUGGAGGUGGCUAUUCAUCAUUGAGGGUGCAGGAAGUUUUGGGGCCGCCAUGAUUGGCAUGUUUCUGCUUCCCGACUUUCCUGGAAUGAAGUCGGGAGUAGUGCGGUGGCUCUUGACGGAAGAGGAGCAGAAGGUCGCGGUGGAGAGGAUUGCUAGAGAUCGUGUAUCGCUCCCGACCGAGGACUCGAGUGUCUGGAGGGGUCUCACGCUGGCUGUCAAGGACAUUCGCACUUGGAUCUUUUCCAUCAUGUUGACAGCCAACCACAGCGCCUAUGGCUUCAACAACUUCUUCCCUACACUAGUCAAGAGCAUGAAGCUGGGAGACAACACCACCACGCUGUUGCUGACGGCGCCCCCCUAUCUCGUAGGCACCAUUGUUGCCUUUUUGACGGCAUGGUCCAGCGACCGCCGCAAGGAGCGAGGAUACCACAUCUCCAUCCCGCAAGGCGUGGCGUGCAUCGGAUUCAUCGUGACGCUAGCCACCACCAAUAAUGUGGCCCGGUACGCGGUUGCGUUUUUGUACAUCUGUGGCUGCUUUUCCUCCAAUGCCAUGGUGUUCAGCUGGGCCAGCUCCACGCUGAACCAGACGCCGGAGAAGCGUGCGUGUGCGACGGCCAUUAUCAACCUCUUGAGUCAGUUGGGAAAUAUUUGGAGUCCCUAUUUCUUCCCUUCUUCGGAUGGUCCCCGUUACGUCAUGGCCAAUAUCUUGAUGGCUGUCUCUUCGGGGGUGUCCAUUGCUACGUGUAUCAUUAUGAAGAUAUUGUUGAGGAAAGCAAACAAGAAGCUUAGGGAAACUGGAGAGGAUGUCAAUCUUUUUACGCUGUAG